UGUUUUGAUAUAUUUUUUCUCUGAAGUUUGAAAACUUUUAUUGAUUUGAAACGUGAAAAUUGUUACAUGGUUAAUUUUAUUCAAAUUUUAGGAUAUGACAUGUAUCUUUGUGUUGAUAGAAAUUAAGAAGAUAUAUCUAUAAUAUAUGUCUAAGUAUUAAUGUACGUCAUUGUGAAAAAGAAUACCGAUUAAGAUGGUAAAAUCAAAGAUCCCAUUACCAAGCAAAAGACCUGCUCAGUCAUCCAUUCCUUUACCAACUAAAUGUUUGGGAACGCAGUCUAAAAAGUUGCCACAGAAUUCUAAAGAAGUUCUAGUCUCUAAAAAGCCUGACUCUGUAAAACAAGUACAAUCCAUUUCUUCAAAAGUUAGAAAAGAAAAGGAAAAUAUUGUGCAAAGGUUGCCUUCUUCUAAGUCUUAUGACUCUAAAAAAGUGUUAACGAAGGAGCCAUCAUUCAAUGGUAAAAAAGUUGCUGUUGCGAAAAGCACAUUAACUACAGAAAAUAAGGUCAUAAAACAGGCAAAGCCUGUUCCUGUUAGACCAACCAAAAUAUUAGUUUCCAAACCAAGACCUGUGACUAAGGAUGAAAAUCAGCCAAAAAGAUUUUCUUCUUAUACGUCUCAGAAUGGCAAACUUGGUGUGCGUUCAAUGAAUGAGCAAAAAACUAAAUCAGUCAUUCAAUCAAAGCCUGUUCCUGUUAGACCAUCCAAAAUAUUAGUUUCCAAACCAAGACCUGUGAAUAAGAACAAAAAUCAGCCAGAAAGGUUUUCUUCUUAUACGUCUCAGAAUGGCAACAGUGCAGUGCGUUCAAUGAAUGAGCAAAGAACAAGAACUAAAUCAGUCAUUCAAUCAAAGGUUGUUAAUGAAGCAAAAAAUUCAAACACAAUCUCCACCAAUAGCAUGAAAGAAAAUAUGAACAGAAAUCUUCUGGGGAUAGCAAGGAAAGAAAACGUUGCUGUUAUUACGCCAAUGAAACAAAUAAAUUUAGCAGCAAAGUCUGGUGUGGAUGAUUCUGAAUUUCAGAAAAGUGGUUUCUUCAAGUCCUUGAUAUUAAAUGAGCGUGAACUCUCACCUGGCAUCAUAAACUAUUGUUCUAAAGCUAAAUUUACACCAUCCAAAGUCAAUUUGCUGCAACUACAACCAAAGGCUUCUCCUCGCUUCCUAACAGCUGAUGAGUUUGUUGAAGAAGUUAAAAGGACUUCCUCCAAAUAUUAUCGUUUGAAUGGAAGAUUAGUACUACGGUCUCCAGAGAUGUUAAAACAUAAAGAAAGAUUAGCAGUGGCAAUUGAUGAAGAAGUUAAAAGACUUUCUGGAAGAUGUAAGCUAAGAAAUAGAAAAAUUAUUCAUUCACCAAUUUUGACUCCAGAAAAAAUCUUUCAAGGAAUUGCCAAAAAUAUUGAUUCAGUGAAGGAAAAUUUAAAUAUCAGACAAGUUGAUGAAGUAAGAAGACUUUCAGAGUUUAGGCGGCAAAACUCACUGAAUGUUGAUGGUUUAAUGGCUAACAGAAGGUGGACAUGUAAUGUCCCUAGUAAGCCAUCUAUCGCUAGUAUGAAUAUUACUGAAAUCGCUGCAGAAAUACGAAGAGUUUCAGAAAUAAGACGAGAAUCUGGAGUUCAAAUUUAUAAAAAAGCACCUUUUUCAGAAUACCAAAAUUCAGUGGAAAAAUUAAAUCCUCGUCAAAGGGCAUUACAAGAAUUAGAAUUUCUUACAACGAAAAAGAAAGAUAAAACGAAGAAAAAGGUUACCUUCUUAAUUCCUUCAGGUUCUCCAGAUUUGACACCUGAAUUAUCAAAGCCGGAAGCUAAGUUAUCUGAUAUUUCAGAAGGUUCCAGCAAUAAUUGUACACCUGAACUUGAUUUUGGUAACGGAAGAGUUACAACAAAUUCUCAAAAAGUAGAUAGUGCUGAGAAUGUUGAAGACACAUCAGUUAGUACUACACCAGAAUUAAACUUAACUACUUAUAAACUUGAAUUCAGCGUAGCCAAAGAUCACAACAAGACUGUACCGUUUGAUGUGUCACACAAAAAUGAUGCCUCCACCAAUAAUAAGUCUUCCAUUAAUCAGGCUGUAUCAUUAGAAAUAGAUGUUUCAAAAAAGAAUUCAGAACAGUUUUCUCAAAACUUUUCUUAUAAUUUAACCAAUUUGAAGCCCGAUUUCAUAUCAUCAAAGUUCUCAUCUUUAAAAAUCAGUGAAAAUAAUGUUUGUACUUUACAAGAUAUACCAGGUGGUAAUCCUGCUUCAUUUGAAAAUUAUUUGACAAACCCCAACUCAUAUAGUGAGUUUUCUAAUGUAAAAUCUACAGACUGUCUUUUUCAAUCAGUGCAAAAUUUGGCUGUACCAACUAAUUAUCAACCUGCAAAUGAAACUGAAAAAUUUUGUGUCAAAACAGAAAAAAAGAUAUUUACACCACAUCCUGUUUGUUUGCACUCUAAGUCUAAUAUACCACCCAGUGUUAGUCCAACAUUUCUGUCCUCCGGAAAGUUUACUACUCUGAACUCUGUUGCACCUAUCUAUACUCCAUAUGUGUUAAAAACAUUAUCGCAAAGUCCAGAAGUUAAUUUAAGUCAUGUUCGUCAAAAGCUGGAUUUCAAUGAAAACCCAAACCAGUUUAUGGAAAGACGAAAAUCACAGAUUAUCUUACAAACUAUUCCUACGAUUCAGAAAAUGAACGAUUUCUUAUGUGAUCAAGAAUGCAUCAUUCUUUCUUCUCAGAGUUCAGAAAAAGAGAUAUUUUGCAGAAAUCUAAUGAAUCCAGUUGCCUCUACUCUUACCAAUGGGGAUGAAAUGCAUUUUAUGCCUAUUAAUUCGCCAUAGAGUGGGGAAUUUUCACGUGCUACUGCUUUACUACUAGAAAUUCAAAAAUUUGUAACUAUAUUUUAAAAAUAUAUUGAUUUGAAAUGAUUGUAUAAAAAUGAAUUUUUUUGACUAUGUAAAUAAUAUUGUGUAUUUAGGUAAAUAAAGAGCCUAUUAUUUAA